CUGAGUCGCAAAGACAAGGAAGAAACCGACGGUCCUCUCAUAAUUGUCUCCUUCCUUGCUUCCUUCCUCUCAUUGUAUUGCAGUUGGACGCACCCAAGGGCCAAGACCGUGGGUCCUCUUUGCUCUCCCAUUCCGCAGCCAUUUUUCAACACCUCCAUUCGUUUUUUUCUUUUAAUUUUUAGUCAAUUAUUUAGGCACGCAUCCUCCGUCUCCCCUCUCUCUCUCUCUCCCCCCCCCCCCCCCCCCCCCCCCUCCCUCCUCUCUAUCUCUGUGCGGACUUUUUUUUUUUUUCCAGAUGCAGAGCUUUGUUAUGGCCGCCUGAACUUCUUCUUCUUGUCCGUCUUUAUUCGCUAUCUCUGAAACUUUUCAAUUAUAGGUUGUGCAAAGGGGGAAGAUUUUAGGAUGGCUAAUAAUGAAGAUACAGGUAGCCCAGGAUGGGGUGCUUCAUUCUUCAUGCAGACAACGGAAGAUGUUGCAAGAGCUGUUGCUGCUGCAGCAGCUGCUGCCACUGCUGCUCAGUCACCACGGCCAUCUGUGGUAUAUUCUUUGAAAGAGGAUACUGGUGGUAGCACAAUUCAAAAACUGCAGCGUCAAGUUAAUAGAGUGCUAAAAGGAUUCUCGCAACCUCCUGAAGUUAGAAGUACAACUUACAAUCCCGAAGUUCUAACUAGCCAAAAGCGUCAGUGGGCAAGCUUUCAGUUACAGUACUUGGAUCAUAGGUCUUUAAAGGAACCAACAAGGCUUUUUGAGAGCAUGGUAGUCGUAGGGCUUCAUCCCAACUGUGAUAUUCAAGCACUUGAUCGGCUAUACAAUGCCAGAAGGUCUGAAGGGUCUGGAAAAUUGCGAAGCGCACUAAGUUUUCAGAAUCAAUCGCGUGUGGAACCCAGCCUUGAACCUCAGGUCUUACUUGUUUACCCUCCAGAAAAGGAGCUGCCUCUCAAAUACAAAGAUCUUCUUUCAUUUUGCUUCCCUGGAGGCUUGGAGGUUCAUGCCAUUGAGAGAACUCCUUCCAUGAGUGAAAUGAAUGAAAUUCUUCUUGGGCAGGAACACCUUAAACAAAGUGAUCUCUCCUUUGUAUUCCGUUUACAGGUUGCUGAUGAUUCAACAAUGUACGGGUGCUGUGUGUUAGUUGAUGAACUAGUACAAAAGCCCUCUGGGUUGCUUUCCAUGAUUUCAGAUAAAGAGCCUUCCCGUCCAUCUUUAAGCCGUCGUAUAUUGACCACAAGGAGAUGUUAUUGUAUUCUUUCGAGGUUUCCCUGCUUCGAAUUGCAUUUUGGUGUGUUGAAUAGCAUAUUCACAGAAGAAAGGUUGGAGCGGUUGACGAAAGGUAUUGAUCUUUUAAAUUUGGUGUCCCCUGAGGACUGUGAGAAGGCAGAAACCUUGGAAGAAAAUGUGGGUGCAAAUUCAGAUUGUGCAUCAAUGGAUCCUGGAGCUGCAAAGGACAUAAAGAAUGAAACCCUAGAAAUUUCUGAAUUAAGUUUAAGAGAGUCUAAACUUGAAAAAGUUAGAGCUGAUGGGAGUCAUAAAGAGCAUCAAAUGCUUGAUGGGGACUUUGGGUUGUUGAAGAAAGGUAUUGUUGAUAACCGCGUCCUUCCUAUAGAUGCAUAUUCUGAGACAGUGACAGCUAAAAGCGAAUCUAGUGCUGCCCAUUCUGAAGAUUGUGAUAUGAAUAUUGAUGAUUGCUUGGGAAACAAACAAGUGGUAGAAAGGCGUUUUCCAAAUGCUGUUCUGCCUCUCCUGCGGUAUUAUCAGUAUGAAAGCUCUGAAUCUUCCUCUAGUUUUCAGGGUUCUCCUAGUGAAGACAGAAAUUUUAGAAGUGAUGUUGAUGAUACGGAAACAGAAGAGGCAUCUGUCUCUGGCCAGGAAGAUCCCAGUGACGUCAUUGAUAUUCUUGAGUGGGCUAAGGCAAACAACAAUGGGUCAUUACGGAUAAUAUGUGAAUAUUACCAGUUACAUUGCCCUACCAGGGGUUCAACACUUAGGUUUCAUCCUUUGGAGCACUUGCAUCCUUUGGAAUAUCACAGACCAGAUGAAAUGGUUUUACACAUUGCUGGCUCAACUAUUGAUUUGAGAUCAUGCAGCACAAGUCUGGAGUUUGCUGAGGCACACAGUGCACUCUUGGCAGAGGAGGAAGCAACUGCAUUAUCCGUAUGGGCUAUUGCAUGCAUUUGUGGCUCCUUACGACUUGAGAAUGUCUUAACAUUUUUUGCAGGGGCACUACUGGAGAAGCAGAUUGUGGUUGUUUGUUCCAAUCUGGGAAUUUUAUCUGCCUCAGUUUUGUCCAUUAUCCCUUUAAUCCGUCCCUACCAGUGGCAAAGCCUUCUAAUGCCGGUUUUACCAAAUGACAUGCUGGACUUUUUGGAUGCACCUGUCCCUUACAUUGUCGGUGUGAAAAACAAAACCAAUGAAGUACAGUCAAAGUUGGCUAAUGUCAUUCUCGUUGACAUAAACAAGAACCAGGUGAAGUCAUCAUCAAUACCUCAACUGCCAAAACAAAAGGAGUUACUUUCCUCCUUAAGUCCUUAUCAUGCAAAGCUUGUUGGAGAAAGUUAUUUGGGGAGAAAACGGCCAGUCUAUGAAUGCACAGAUGUGCAGGUCGAAGCAGCCAAGGGUUUCCUAGCUGUGCUUAGGUCUUACUUGGACUCCCUUUGCUCGAAGCUCCGUUCACACACAAUUACAAAUGUACAGUCCAAUGAUGAUAAGGUAUCAUUGCUUUUGAAGGAGAGUUUCAUCGAUUCAUUCCCUAGUCGUGAUCGUCCAUUCAUGAAGCUUUUUGUGGACACACAACUCUUCUCUGUACAUACAGAUCUUGUUCUCUCGUUCUUCCAGAAGGAAUAGUGCUUCCAUGCAAGAUUGGCCAGCCUGGAGUUUGUAUCUUUUAUUUUUUGGUACGUUGGACUAUUAAUUAUGUGUAAUUUUUUAAAUUAUAAUGAGUAUAAAUUUUCCUGGCA